GCGAGAAACCCCAGUGAGGCGGUGUCCACACCGGGGCUUGGGGGCGGAGUCUCUGGGGGCGGGGCGAGCUCGGCUCCUCCCGCAGGCUCCGCUCCAGGCCCUAGUUUAAAAGGCUGGAAGGCGGGCUUCGCGAACUAGUAUCCUGAGAGUGCCAAGGAGCCGGGUUGGCACAGCCAUGACCCGGCAGGCAGGGGGCUCUUGGCUGCUCCGCGGUCUCCUGCUCUUCGCGUUGUUCGCUGCCGGCGUCGCAGCCUUCAGCUGGGAUCUCCCGGAGCCCCGCAGCCGAGCCAGCAAGAUUCGAGUGCACCCUCGGGGCAACCUCUGGGCGACCGGUCACUUCAUGGGCAAGAAGAGCCUGGAGCCCCCGAGCCUGUCACUGGUGGGGACGGCACCCCCCAACACCCAGAGGGACCAGAGACUGCAGCUGAGUCACGAAGUGCUCAGGAUCCUCCUGCUAAAGAAAGCUCUAGGCAUGAACCUCAGUGGCCCGGCCCCCCCACUCCAGCACAGGAGCCUGCUGGAGCCAAUACUGCAGAAGUGAUGCCAACAAUGAAACAACCGCAACACUCGGCUUAGAAUGUGUCCAUCCAGGGAAGCUGCUGGACGGAAUCCUUGCAGUGGCCCCGUCUGGAUAUAAACCCUAAACUCAAACGUGUUACUGUGAUUUCUGGUUGGGUGGCCAGGAAUGUUGACGAUGCAGACACGAAGUCUUUCCUACCCUAUUUCUUGCUUCCCUGGUGAAGUCGUGAAUAAAAAUCCUGCUCUUGAC